UUCUAUUUUCGCUAGGUUCACGGUGCUUCAGCAUCUAGAGCCCGUAACACUGUUGUAAGCGUUAGAUAGUUUCUCCCGUUGCUUUUGGAUUUCUGCAUAGAACAUUGUCACGUGGAAUGGAGAAACAUGAAACAUGUUCAGAGAGGACUGUCGAACGACAACGGGAUGCGACAAAUGAGGACUGUUUGAGCGAGCUCACGAAAGGACGCUGUCCUGUGAAUUUCCCUGUAGCUGUAGUUCUGCCAGCCGCUGGCUCCGGCGAGAGAACUGGACUAUCAACACCCAAACAAUUCUGCAAGAUUCUAGGAAGGCCUUUGAUAAGUUACACAAUUCAUGCCUUUGAGAGAGUGUUUUGGAUUGACAGUAUUGUUGUUGUGGUUGCCAAGGAGAGUCAUGACUUGAUGACAGACAUUAUUCAGAAAUACAACCACACUAAAGUCAAAAUAGUUGAAGGAGGAUCAACUAGACACCGGUCCAUUUUUAAUGGAUUGCUGGCCUUCAGUGAACAAGGCUUUGGUCCAAAAUUGCAAAAACCAAAGGUGGUAAUCAUCCAUGAUGCUGUCCGACCCUUCCUUGAAGAGGACUUCCUCCUCAAGAUAACACUGGCUGCCAACAAACAAGGGGCCUCAGGAGCUGUCCGACCACUUGUCUCCACAGUGGUUGCAGCAACUACUGGGGGAUACCUUGACCACUCCCUGGAGAGGGCCAGAUACAGAGCCAGUGAAAUGCCACAAGGAUUUAUUUAUGAUAUAAUCUACCAGGCUUAUCAGCAUUGCAGUGAGGCAGAAUUUAAGUUUGGCACAGAAUGUUUGGAAUUGGCUCUGCAGCACUGUGGCACCAGUGCUGUACUGAUUGAGGGUCCAUCAUCUCUGUGGAAGGUUACACACAAACAAGACUUGGCCUCAGCAGAAGCUGUCAUUAAAGAGUCUCUAUCUCAGUCUGCCUGUAUCAUCACAGGAGAGUGCACUGAAACACAGAAUCUGUCCACCUGGAUGAAGAACGGUCUCAUGGCAGAAGGCAUGUGGGUGGAUGCAAUACCAAACAUAGAACAAGGCAUGACUCUCUCAACCAACAGGAAUUUGAUCAAACUUUCUGUGAACAGCCCUAAAUCUGUGGAGAUUGAGGAAUUUAUGAAAAUGUGUGAAGAAACCAAGGAUGUUCUGUAUCCAUUUGUCAUUCUUUGGGUGUACCUGAAUGUGUCGGGUCAAGCCUCCUUCAGCCAAGAAAAUGAUGAAGCCUCUGCCAUCAUGACUUUAGCAGAGGAUGCCCAGAAAAGAAAUAUUUUUCUAUAUUGUGUCCGACUCAGUUACAGUAAGGACUCUACAGAGUGUGAGAGAACAAUGAAUAAACUAUGUCAAAUUACUGUGGCCCUCAUCAGAGACCGAAGCGCUGCCUUCUCUGGACAAAUGUUGUAUGCAUGAGCAUACACACACUUACAGACACUUACUCUGACAAAAAUGUCAGUCUAUAAUAAUAAUAAAAUAAUAUUAACUAUAUAAUUUUAUAAUGGGAUUAAUGUAUGGAAAAUGUGUAUGUAGGUUGUUCAUAACUACUUCCUUAGAAUGAAUGUAAAUUUACAUUUACUAACUUUUCAAUGAAUCUUGAGACAUAUACCUUUACCUUUAACAUCAAAAGGUGUCAAUAAACUGUGGAACCAAAAAAAAAUGUUUCGCUGUCAUGAACAGUAUGUAGCCUAUGGUAGUUAUCACUCACAUUCCAGCAAACCCUCCACCAUAUCAGGCAUAACUGUAGGUGAAGUAAGUAAAGGGCCGUUCACACCAACUAAAACGAUAACGGCAAAUCAAGUAUUGUCCUAGCUAAUAUAAAUGAUGACAUCGAAACAUAAACUAUAACGAUAAUGACAUUAAGAAUGAUUUUGUUAGGGAUCAC